AUGCUUGGACUCAUCCCUCCAGAAGUAACACCAGAAGAUGAAGAAUGCAAUGCUCUCCUAAAUGAAACACUGUACAGUGAUGCAGAUAAUAGUAAACCAUUGGGCAAGUAACAAAUAUGGAUACUUCUGCAAUCCAUCAAAUCUCCUGAACUAAUAUAGAGACCUUUUGUAAGGGAAUGGCAGAAAGAAGAGGAGGGCAUUAACAUUUGUGUGCAACAAAUGUGACAGGGCUACUACAGCUGUACUUGCAAAUCUGUUUUUUGUCGUGAUCUUCACUUUACAUCAACAUGUUCUGGUCUUUUACAAAAAGAUCUGUUAUUAAAGGAAGGUGAAGUUUGGCUGGAUUUUUUUUUUAAACAUAAUAUUAUUGUCAAACUUGUCACACAGACUUGUUGUCUUCUUUCCUCUGCUGUCAUAUCAGGUAAAUUUUGCUAAUAUGCAGAAGGAUGCACUUGAUCUGGUCCUCGUUUGGAUAAUACAACAGACAGUGAUACAGAUUACAACAGUCCACAGAACUGAAGUGAAGUUUGCAUGCCAUUCUUUAUUUUAAUACCCUUUGGUAGUAGAUAUGUCAUUGAUAAAUUGCGCGAAAUGAAACUUAUUAGAAAAUCCUGUAGUUCAAUGGAUGCACAGUGGUUUAGGGUCUGUAGCUUUUCAGUUCUACCCACUUGAUUUAUUCACAGGGGAGAAGAAACAACUGGAAAUACCUUCAUUCAAAGACUACCACCAUCUUUGAUCCAAAAGAAGACAAAUUACAGUAGUUGAGGUUGAAUGUACAGUCUAGGGGGAGGGAGAGAAAAAAGAGGAAGGAGGGGGGAGAAGAUGACCUGCCUCUUUGAGGGGCACAUUGAAGAUUAUAGGCCUUACUGAAGGCCUUAAGGUGAUGUUACACGAGACGAUUUGCAACGACAAAUUUUAGUGCAACACAGCGUUGCAACAUUGUAGCGACAUUGUUUCGACGAGGUACAACAUUGUUCCAACAUUGCAACGAUGUGUUGCACUAAAUUGUCGUUGCGAAUCUUCCCAUGUAACAUAACCUUUACACCUCUCUGAUUCAUCCCAACGUCUUAAUUUUGUCUCAAAAUUUCGGCAUGGUAGUUGCACACAUUCUAGAUGAACUUUGACAUUUGCAUACCCUCAACAAACACCUGUUUCUCUGUGUUGGGAUAUUGGUACACAUGUCCAAUACAGGGCUCAGACCCUUUUUUGAACAAAAAAAAUUCAAGGGCUUUUCAAGGACUUUUCAAGGGCUUUCAAGGACUUAUUUCCCAUUUUCAAGGACUCUGUUCAGUGCAAAAAAGAGCCUUGUUCUUCCACAACAUGAGCAAUUUUAUCCCGAAGGUCUUUCUGUGUUUGCUCCUUUCUCCUUGGAGUUCUACUUAAAACUAAAGAGUAAGCAUUGAAAUUCAAGGACUUUCCAGCACCGGCUGUCUACCUUGUGAAAGGGGUCGUAUAUGAAAGGGAUGUGUACUCAAUACUGGACGUCACCAUCACUUACGUGUUUCUGAGUGUUAUCUUGACUAAUUGUAUGUUCUUGUGUAUUGAACGACUCUCGGUAUUUUUUAAGAAAACCAGUCAUCAUACAUAAAGACUUUUCUCAGGCCAAAAGAGUAACAACAUGAAUGCAGAUUAAACACAAAUGAUACUAGGUAGAAGUAGAAAAUAUUUAAUGAAUUGUAUUGCAGAGCCAUUAUUAAUGUAUAUAUAGAUGCAACGAGCUUCUUUUUGCCAGUAUAAGGUACCAAAAUACUUUACAUACGAAUUGAUACUAGUUGCUUGGUUUAGAGCCAAACAUCACAAACGAUAAUUGUUCCAUUGUUGAAUUUUUUGUUGCAAGAGUUCUGCAAAAGAGGUUUCCUUCGAAUGGUCACACCAUAAGAUUUUAUCCUCUGACCUAAAAGUUUCAAAAACAGUUCACCUUUUUUAUAUCUGUUACUUUUUGAUGUGUAGUCUUUAGUUUGUUACUCAGAUUCAGUGUGACCAUUCAAAAAAAAGCUUCUGGUCUCACUCUGUAGGAUUUAUCUUGAAAAUGAUAUCUAUUUUGGACACAAUUGGUAGUAAAAUAUGAAAUGGAAGAAAGAUCUAACCUUCUGUUUGUUUUUUUAGAUACAGUUUUGCCCAGUCAUAAAAAAACCUGAAGUUGUCCGAGAG